UCUACUUAUUUCCAUUAACACACACACACACACACUCACUGCAACUUCUGUAUCUCUAAUUCUAAUUCUAUUCAACAACACCAAAUUCCAAAUUCCAAAUUCAUUAUGAUGUCUAUGAAUCUGGUCGAUGCGUGGGCCCAGAAUCUCUCCUUCUCCAAGCAGCCAUUCCCCUCCAAAUCCCCCAUCGGAUUCAUCCACCACCCCAAAUUCGAACCUCUUUUCCUCAAAUCGCGCAGGCCUAUCUCCUCCCUCGGCGUCUCCGCCGUCCUCACCGGCGAGGAGGCCAGGGUCUCCACGCGCAGAGACGACGCCGCGCCCUUCGAUUUCAACGCCUACGUCGUCGACAAGGCCAACCACGUCAACAAGGCGCUCGACGACGCCGUCGUCGUCGGGAAUCCGCCGAUGAUCCACGACGCGAUGCGCUACUCCCUCCUCGCCGGCGGCAAGCGCGUCCGCCCCAUGCUCUGCAUCGCCGCCUGCGACAUCGUCGGCGGCGCUCAGGCCGCGGCCAUCCCCGCCGCCUGCGCCGUCGAGAUGAUCCACACCAUGUCGCUCAUCCACGACGAUCUCCCCUGUAUGGACAAUGACGACCUCCGCCGCGGCAAGCCUACCAAUCACAAGGUCUUCGGCGAGAACGUCGCCGUGCUUGCAGGCGAUGCUCUGUUGGCGUACGCGUUUGAAUUCAUGGCGAAGGCGACGGUAGGGGUGGCGGCGGAGAGGAUACUGGCGGCGGUGGGAGAGCUGGCGAAGGCGAUCGGGACGGAGGGGCUGGUGGCGGGGCAGGUGGUGGAUCUGCACUUCACCGGCGACGCAAAUGUAGGGUUAGACACAUUGGAAUACAUCCACAUUCACAAAACUGCAGCAUUAUUAGAAGCAUCGGUAGUUUUGGGGGCAAUCAUGGGAGGCGGAAGCAGCGAACAAAUCGAGAAAUUGAGAACAUUUGCUAGGAAAAUCGGUCUCCUUUUCCAAGUUGUGGAUGACAUUUUGGAUGUGACAAAGUCGUCGGAGGAGCUGGGGAAGACGGCCGGGAAGGACUUGGCCACCGACAAGACUACGUAUCCGAAGCUGCUGGGGCUGGAGAAGGCCAUUGAGUUUGCGGAGCAGCUCAACGAGGAGGCGAAGGCGCAGCUGGAUGGCUUCAACCCGAGCAAGGCGGCCCCGUUGUUGGCGCUGGCCGAUUACAUUGCUCAUAGGCAGAACUAAUUCUGCUGAAUUGUGUAAUGUGUUUGUUGUAGAAAUGAAGAGUGCUGAUAUUAUGCUAUGCUAUGCUAUGCCAUGAAUUCAAAUAUCAUAGCAAUUCUUUUGGUUGUCAGAUUAUUUGUAUCUUGUUACAUCAUCAUUGUUAAUUGGAAUGAUAAAAGCUAAGAUUGUUAACA